AUGGCAAUUAGUUUUAAAUUGUUGAAUGAUCUCUCAGCUGAUGAUGGAAACUGCGACAGCCAGUCGAAACUGCUCAUUGGUGCCCUACCCCAACACUCCACCCUUUACCCCACCCCAUCCCCCAAGGGGCUCCUGCAGCACGCCCCUGCCUGCCUGGUGUUAGAUACACCUCUGCCUGCGAGGCUGCCUGUUCUGGUUCCUGAAGUGGUCGUACUGGUUCAUGGAGAGUUGCGAAUACAGACAAACGGACAAUAUGGAGAAGACGAGACAGCAGUGCAACAAGCCAAAAGGAGGUAUAAACGUGAAUGGGUGAAAUUUGCAAAACCCUGCAGAGAAGGAGAAGACAACUCAAAAAGGAACCCAAUUGCCAAAAUUACUUCAGAUUUCCAGGCAACCCAGAAAAUUACCUACCAAAUUUCUGGAGUAGGAAUUGACCGGCCCCCUUUGGGAAUCUUUGUUGUUGACAGAAAUACUGGAGAAAUUAACAUAACAGCCAUAGUCGAUCGUGAGGAAACCCCAAGCUUCCUGAUCACAUGUCGAGCUCUCAAUUACUUAGGCCAAGAUGUUGAGAAACCACUUGUAUUAACAGUAAAAAUCUUAGAUAUCAAUGAUAAUGCUCCAGUAUUUUCACAAAGCGUUUUCAUGGGUGAAAUUGAAGAAAAUAGUGCUUCAAACUCACUGGUCAUGGUAUUAAAUGCCACAGACGCAGAUGAACCAAACCAUUUGAACUCUAAAAUUGCCUUCAAAAUCGUCUCUCAGGAACCUGCAGGCCAACCCAUGUUCCUUCUCAGCAGAAACACUGGGGAAGUCCGUACCGUGACCAGUUCUCUUGAUCGAGAGCAAGUUAGCAGUUAUCAUCUGAUUGUGAGUGGUGCCGACAAAGAUGGAGAAGGACUAUCAACUCAAUGUGAAUGCAGGAUUAAAGUGACAGAUGUCAACGAUAAUAUCCCAGUGUUUAAAGAAUCUCAGUAUUCAGCACGCAUUGAGGAAAAUAUGUUAAGUUCUGAAUUACUUCGAUUUCAAGUAAUAGACUGGGAUGAGGAGUUCACAGAUAAUUGGCGUGCAGUAUAUUUCUUUACCUCUGGAAAUGAAGGGAAUUGGUUUGAAAUACAAACUGAUCCCAGAACUAAUGAAGGCAUCCUGAAGGUGGUUAAGGCUCUAGAUUAUGAACAACUGCAAAAUGUGCAAUUUGGUAUUGCCGUCAAAAACAAAGCUGAAUUUCACCAAUCAAUAAUCUCUCAGUAUCGAGUUCAGUCAACCCCCGUCACAAUUCAGGUAGUAAAUGUGAGAGAAGGACUUGUAUUCCGUCCUGCUUCCAAGACAUUCACUGUGCAGAAAGGCAUAACUAUUAAAAAACUGGUCAAUUAUGUCCUGGGGACGUAUCAAGCCAUCGAUGAAGACACCAGGAAGGCUGCUACAAAUGUCCGAUAUGUCAUGGGACGUAACAAUGGCGGUUUUCUAAUUGUUGACUCGAAAACUGCAGAAAUCAAAUUUAUCAGAAACAUAGAUUGGGAUUCUACUUUCAUAGUUAACAAGACAAUCACAGCUGAGAUUCUGGCCAUAGAUGAAAACACGGGUAUGACUUCCACAGGCACCGUUUACGUUCAUGUACCCAGUUUUAAUGAAAAUUGUCCAACCAUUGCCCUCGAAAAGACAACAAUUUGUAGCUCAUCACCUACAGCUGUUGUCUCAGCUAGAGCACUGGACAAUAGUAAAUAUACUGGUCCCUACACCUUUUCGCUGGAGGAGCAACCUUUAAAAUUACCAGCUGUGUGGAGUAUCACAACACUAAACGCUACCUCGGCGAUGCUAAGAGCCCAGCAACAGGCGUCUCCUGGGAAGUACAGAAUCUCCCUCAUAAUUACAGACAGAGAGGACAGGCAGUGCGAGACACCGGAGAGCUUUGUUCUGGAAGUCUGUCAGUGUGACAACAGGGCCGUCUGUAGAACUCCUAACACAGAACCAGAUCCUGGGCACACAUAUGGAAAGCAAUCGUCAGUGAGGCUGGGGCCUGCUGCCAUCGGCCUGAUCAUCCUUGGCCUUCUGCUGUUGCUGUUGAUCCCCCUUCUGCUGUUGAGCUGUGACUGUGGAAUGGGCGGAAGGAGGGGAGCGAUAGGUGGAUUUAUCCCAGUUCCUGAUGGUUCAGACGGUACGAUCCAUCCGUGGCAAAUCGAAGGAGCCCGACCUGAAGACAAAGAAAUCACAAAUAUUUGUGUGCCACCUAUAACGGCCAAUGGAGUCGAAUUCAUGGAAAAUUCUGAAGUUUGUACAAAUACAUAUGCAGGAGGGACAGUGGCAGAAGGAGCUUCAGGAAUGGAACUGACCACAAAGCUUGGAGCAGCUACAGGAUCCGGGGCCGCUGGCGGGUUUGCAACAGGAACAGUCUGUGGGGCCAGAGCCACUAAGGGAUUUGGCACCUGCUCCGCAGGACACUCUGCAACAAUGAGAACACGGCAUUCCACUGGAGGAACCAAUAGGGAACACGCAGAAGGAACAAUAAACAUGACCUUCUUGGACUCCUACUUUUCCCAGAAAGCAUUUGCUUGUACAGAGGAGGACGAUGGCCAGGAAGCAAAUGACUGCUUGUUGAUCUAUGAUAACGAAGGAGUGGAAGCCCCAGAUUCUCCUGUGGGCUCCGUGGGUUGUUGCAGCUUCAUCGCUGAUGACCUGGAUGACAGCUUCUUGGACUCAUUAGGCCCCAAAUUUAAAAAGCUUGCAGAAAUAAGCCUAGGUGUUGAUGACGAUGCCAAACAAUCUCAGCUACCCACCAAAGAAAGUGGUUCUGGGAUUGACUCCUGUGGCCAUUCAGUAGAAGGCCAGCAGCUAGGAUCUGUCACCUGCCAGACUUUGCAAGGUGGUCAAGGAGCUUCUGCUUUGUCUGCUUCUGGGUCUAUCCUCCAACCAGCCAUUUCCAUCCCUGACCCUUUGCAACAUGGUAACUAUUUGGUAACCGAAACUUACUUGGCUUCUGGUUCCUUCGUGCAACCUUCCACCGCAGUCUUUGAUCCACUUCUGAAACAAAAUGUAAUAGUGACGGAAAGAGUGAUCUGUCCCGUUGCUAGUGUUCCUGGCAACCUACAGGGUCCACCCGAGUUAUGAGGGUCACAUAACAUGAUCUGUACUGAAGAUCCUUGUUCCCGUUUGAUAUAACCAGAAUUAACUGGAGUAACAUGCUGGCCGAGUUUGGAUAUUUGGAUCAAAUUAUACAAAGUAGCAUCCUAAAGCUCACUGUAUUGUGCUACUUUGGCAAUUAUUGGCUACUUUCAUAAACUGAUCAUAAUUAUGAUUUAAAUUUUCUAGUUCAAAACUGGAUGUGUUAUCACUGUUAAUUCUCCAAUACUACUUGAACUGUAGUAAAUCUUAAUGUUGUUCAAAAAACAUUAGGAUCAUAUUCAGCAGGAAAGUUUCCGAAAAAUCAUUAAACUUCUCUUUUUUGCAAUGCCAAAGGGAAGUGUUUAUAACUUUAAAAAAUAAUGCAUUAUGGGUUAGUGGAUUAAGCACUUGGAGUCAAGAGCCCUGGGUCUUGUCUGUCACCUUUUCUUAUAUCAUUAUUAUGAUGUAAGAAGCACAAGGUAUUUGCUAAAGCAUUUUGAGCUGCUUGGAAAAAGGGAAGUUACUGCAGCUGAGUUUUCUCCACCUUCUU